AAUAAAUUUUGAGUUUGACAAAUGUUCGCAGGGGUUUGACGGCUUCACCAGUGAAAAUGGCGGCGUUAAAAACUGAAAUAAGUCCUCAAGAUAACGAAGACGAAAACGAAAGAGAGAAUGAUGUGGAGGAAGCAGGGGGCGAAAUAACCCCUGGCGACGAAAGUAAGAAAAAGAAGAGGAAGAAGAAGAAGAAAAAGACGCCUACAGAAGACACUGAACGUGUUGUAGAGGAUGGAAAAGCUGAUGAUGUUAACGAAGUUAACGAUGCGACCUUGGAAGGCGAAGGGGAAAAGAAGAAAAAGAAGCGGAAUCGAAAGAAAGGCGGAGCCAAAGUCACCCAAACCGACCCACCGUCUAUUCCCAUAGCGGACCUUUUCCCCGACCAGGUGUUUCCCAUCGGUGAAAUCCAAGACUAUCGCGUAAACCAAGACGACCGCACUGCCAAAGAUCGUUUCACUUCAGAAGAAAAACGCGCUCUGGACCGCAUGCACAAUGACAUCUACAACGAGGUCCGUUUAGCUGCCGAAGCUCACCGUCAAACGCGUCAGUACAUCCAAAAGUGGAUCAAACCCGGAAUGACGAUGAUCCAGAUAUGCGAGGAGCUGGAGAACACAGCCAGAAAAUUGAUAUCCGAAAACGGUUUGAAAGCCGGUUUGGCUUUUCCCACGGGGUGCUCCAGAAAUCAUUGUGCCGCUCAUUAUACUCCGAACGCUGGAGAUCCGACCGUUCUGGAAUAUGACGACGUGGUGAAAAUCGAUUUUGGUACUCAUAUUAACGGAAGGAUUAUCGACUGUGCGUUCACGCACACUUUUAAUCCGAAGUAUGAUAAGUUGGUGGAAGCGGUAAGAGAUGCCACUAAUACUGGGAUCAGAGAGGCUGGAAUUGACGUGCAGUUGUGCGAAAUCGGGGCGGCGAUUCAGGAAGUUAUGGAAUCGUAUGAAUUGGAGUUGGACGGGAAAACUUAUCCGAUUAAAUCGAUUAGGAAUCUGAAUGGACACUCCAUUUCACCUUACCGAAUUCAUGCUGGGAAAACAGUGCCAAUUGUUAAGGGUGGUGAAGCCACCGUCAUGGAGGAAAACGAAUUUUAUGCUAUAGAGACUUUUGGCUCUACUGGACGAGGUGUGGUUCACGAUGACAUGGAUUGUUCUCACUAUAUGAAGAAUUUUGAAAGUUCGUAUGUUCCUUUAAGAUUGCAAUCUUCCAAGGCACUGCUGAACAUCAUCAACAAGAACUUCGGUACGUUGGCUUUCUGCAAGCGCUGGCUGGACCGCGCAGGUGCUACAAAGUAUCAGAUGGCUUUGAAAGAUCUGUGUGACAAGGGAGUCGUAGAUGCAUAUCCCCCUCUCUGCGACAUAAAGGGCUGUUACACAGCACAGUUUGAGCAUACUAUAAUGCUUCGUCCAACUUGCAAAGAGGUGGUUUCGCGUGGAGAUGACUACUAGUUAUAUCCUCGUUUCUUUUUGUAAAUGUUUUUCAAUUUGUUUACAAUGAAUUGUAAAUAAAAAGCUUUUUUGUCAAUUUC